AUGGCCAUCUCAGGGGACUCAUUAUCCCCCGGCCCAACGCCACAUCCUCUCAAAAUAUUCGACGCUGCCAGAAAACAAGAUAAAUUCGUAUACGCCUGCGCACCCAUGGUCCGCUACAGCAAGCUCGCCUUCCGCCAAACCGUCCACCAGUACGGCACAGAUCUAUGCUGGACGCCCAUGAUUCUCGCCAAAGAAUUCAACCGCAACGAAUUCGCUCGCGACAGCGAUCUCACGAUAUCAACUUCCCACCCUCAACCGCCUACGAUUCUCCAGUUCGGCGCCAACAUCCCCCUCGAACUGGCGCGGGCGUCGUCCCUCGCCGCACCCUUCGUAUCAGGUGUAGAUCUUAACUGUGGAUGUCCACAGGCAUGGGCGUGCGCAGAAACUCUCGGAGCAGCACUGAUGGAUCAGAGAGCCCUGGUGCGGGACAUGGUGACGGAGACGAGAGAGCGGCUACGACAAGACGGGUGGGCAGUCGGUUUGGAGAGCGACAUGGAGAAUCCGAAAGGGCGGAGUGUAAGCGUCAAGAUACGAGUGCACCACGAUUUAAGAAAAACAAUCGACUUCCUCGACACAGUCAUAGGACACCCUCAAGCCCGCAACGUCGACUGGGUGACCAUCCACCCACGCACACGCCACACACCCUCCACGACACCCAUCUUCACCGAAGCCCUGGAGAUCCUCACAGAAAAGUACUCAUCUACCUUGCCGCUCCUCCUAUCCGGCGAUGUAUUCGACCUAUCUACCCUUCCGCUACGGCACACCAAAGCCGACACGUUCACUGCCAAAGACACGCCUAGACCCAGCACGACGCACCUAUCAGGCUUCAUGUCCGCGCGCGGUCUGCUCACCAACCCAGCCUUGUUUGCGGGAUACGCCGCCUGUCCGUGGGAGGCGGUCGAAACGCUCAUGUGCAAGGUGGCGAGGGCGCCGCUGCCGUUUAAGUUGGCGCUGCAUCAUGUGCAGGAGAUGACGGGGCCGGGGAUGGGGUCGGAGAAGGGGGCGCUGUUGAGUAAGAGGGAGAGGGGGGAGUUGAAUGGCUGUGGGAGUAUGGUUGAGUUGGUGGAUUUUUUGGACGGGAAGAUGGAGGAGAGGAUGGGGAGGGUUAUGAGGAGGGAUUUGUGA